AUGACAAAUCUCCCUCGUUUCUCCCAUUCUUCUCAUCGCGAAAGUACCCCCAACUCACCCCACCUUCAACCGCCUUCUCCGUCCCCACAGAGCCCGAGUCGGAGUGGAAGCGGCGACUCUUCGACCGGCGUGGCUGAGAACCCGAGCUGUUACGAACCACGUAGUUAUGAGACACCAAGAUACGAACCUCUCCGGGCUAGUAGUGCCGCACACGCGAGGGUGCAGCGCAAACUACAGCGGUCGGCACAGAAUGCCGCCCAGUCGACACUUAGUCUUAGCGUGGUUCCAGAGUAUGAGGAGGAGAGGAAUCAUCGCGUCUUUGCCGAGACUCGUGUCGGACGGUGGAUGCGCAAGCUCGUUCGGAGUAAGGCCUAA